GACAAUGUUAUGAGUAGGAUCUGCGCUUCUUCAAAAAAAAUUAUUUUAACAAUUAUGCAGCAAAAAAAAUCCCCACUUAGUUCCGCUUGGACAAUGUUAUGAGUAGGACCUGCGCUUCUUCAAGAAGAAUUAUUUCAACAAUUAUUUAUUAUUCAUCGUACACAACAAGUAGCAUUUGCACAUCUUCUAUCGAAAUGAAUUUAGCAGUUAAUUUCAACAGGCCACUGAAAGAGAAGAAGAAGACUUCAGCAGUUAUUUUUUGUGGCUGCGACAAUGAAGAUGAGCUUCUCAUUGUCCUCACUGCAACCCUCUAGCAAAAGUCUAGAGGGUCCAGAGCAUGUGAGAAUGCAAGUUGAAAGGCCAUAUAACAGUCUCACCAAAAAAAGGAAAGAACCGAAACAGGAACACUGCCAAUGCAUCUCAGAAAAUCGUGAAGACACAGUUGAUGAUUUUUGGGCAUCGAUACGUACUAAUUACGACUAUAUUAUGGACACAAAUUUAAUUGACAGUUGCAAAGAAGCGAAUGGAGAACUAGCUUGGGAUGAAGGUGACGUUUCCACACUCUCUUGGGGUUUAAAUGAAGUUAGUUGCCAAUUUUCAGAACUCUACUCGUGGCUUAGAGUUCUUCAGGAGUUGGUUUACUCUAAAGAGGAAAAUCUUCUAGACAAAGGCCUGCGUGCAGCUCACAUGGAGGAGCUACGACGCAAGGCAUACAGAAGAAGAUUGUUCAAUGAACAAGCGGGAAAAUUAAUAGCCCGUGAGCCAGCUUUAAGAGAUGAAAUUACUUGGCGUGUUGAUCAUCUUAACGCUAAAUGGGAACUUGUUGAACAAAUCAUGGCCCCAACAGUUAGACCUGUUACAGAUCAUCAAGACGUUUCUGCAGAUUUCGAUCAUGAAGUGAAGUGCCUGAGGAAGUGGCUACGCGAAAUGGAAACUCGUAUGCAGCCUUUAAGUUUUCACAUCGAUUGGAGCAGAGCGGAACUGGAGGAGAAGGCAAUGGAACACAUGGUGCUCCAAAAAGACAUAGAGGCUCAUGGUCGUAUAGUGAGUUCAGUCGUCAAGCUUGGGGAGAAGUUAGCAACACAGGGUGAAGAUCAACAAAAAGGAAAAAACGAAGAACGACAACAGCAUCCAGCAUUGCGAGUAGCAAGCUCUCUCGAACGUCGUUGGCACCUUCUAUUUCUUCGAGCCUUGGAAUGGCAAUGUCACUUUGAAACUUUAGCUUCUCGUACCUGCAACAAGAACUCGGUGUCCAGUUGCUGUAGCAGUGAUAGCGAUGAGGAGCCAGUCACGAAACAACCUCGACUAAGCCGAAGGCAAUCGCGAGAAUCUGGAAGGGAAGGUGGUGUUAGUACUUCAGGGCAAAAUGCUCAUUCGACACGCUCAUCAGGACGAACAAAACGCGUCAAAGCAUUAAGACACUGUCCCUCAUCUGACCCCGGUACUUGGAAAGGUGACCUUUCGGACAGUGAUGUUUCUUCAGAGAAUCGAUUCAUUGACGAUGGCUCCUACUUUGAGGAUGAUUUGGACGAAUUGUGUGUGAUGGAAACAAGUGUCGAUGAGAUAAAAAAUUAUAAAUUUAAUCGAAUUGCACUUGAUUCACAAGGAGACGAGGGUGAUAACGAGGACGCUGACACAAGUCAAGAAAUAAAAACAAAAAUCGAAAUGGCACCAACUCCUGAUCCAGUUUCCGUAACUGCGCGAACAUUAAUCAGUAUUGCUUGUGAUGAAAUUGAUGCUGGUAAAAAUAUCCACGCUGAAAUGAAUGAACAAGAAAUAGUUUCAUCGAUUCAAACACCUUUGCGUCGAAAGGGUUUCGAAGAAACAGCUCCUUUUAACACAUCAAAUAGAAAAUCGAAGAAUUGCGCGACAUUUUAUUUCAAGCAUCGUGAUACAGAUUCAGAAGCCGAUGGUUCAGUGGAAAUGGAAGAAUCGUCAAAUGUUGUUGAUGUUGUUUCAUCGGAAGACGAAUGGACGUACACAAAUUCCCGUACGGAACAAGUGACGUGUCGAAAGACAAAUGUUAAAAUUUCCUUGGAUUUUGAUGAGGAAGUCGAGGACAAAGAUAAUAAAAAUGAUGUUCAGUUAUCGAAACAACAAACUCCAAUUAGUAAACGUGGAAAUGAAAAAUGGAAUUGUGAAAAGAAGGAAAUUGUAAGUGAUGACGAAUUGAGUCAGGAUAAAUAUAACAUUCAUCGAUUAGUUAUGGAAGUGGAAAAACUUGUUCGUGAAGAGGGGCGAGUUACACCGUCGAGGACCUUAACACCUCUCAUCUUUGAGGAUCGCAAAGGCGGCGACAUAAACAGUAAUCGUGCAAAAUACGCUCGAAUUCGCGAAUGGCUCAAGCUCAAUUCAAUGGGGAAAUAUGAUGAGAAAUCUAAUUCUGAAUAUCGAUCUUUGGAUAGUUGUGAUGCAAGUGGCGAAUACACAACAGGCGAAUCGGACAUUGAAAAGCAAUCGAUUUCAUCGGAAGAUUUACACAGCAGUGUCGCAACUUAUCGACGACUCGAUGGCUAUUUGGGCUGUGUGUCACAAUCAGUGUCGCAGGAAAUUUUCGAUUCCACUGACAACAAUACAUCGGUUAAUGAAUGUCAUCAAACAUUAUUGCCAGUCGAUACAAUCACAAGUACACCGAAAGUUGUGCUUCGUUCAAAGAGAAAGACAAAUGGCCCACGACCAUGGAGUGUGUCUUGCAUUACACAAAUCAGAAACAAUUCAAAUGCAAAUGAGGGCAAUGACUCAAUCUCACAAUUCUCCAUCUCGGAAACUGCCCUCCAUCAGCUUGUUGCUUCUUCGCCUAUCAAAUCCUCUUCUUUAGAUGCAUCAGGAUCGUCGGCUCUAUUCAAUAAAUCAACGUCAACGCUACUUGAGGAAACUGUAAGCGGUCAAGAUGCAAGGACAAUAAGGACAAGUUCACUUCGUCGAAGAAAAAGUAGAUUGCGCAAAAAAACUGUGAGUCGUAAAAGUGAAUCUGGAUCAGAUGGUGUUAAUGUACAUCAAACAUCGGGUAGCAGUGAUGUAAGUUCAUCAAAUCAUCAUCAGUGUUCAAAAAAAUUGACAUCCUGCCGUGCAACAACAACGAGAACAAUAGCACGUGAUUCACAUGGACGUUUAACGACUCUUGUUAAAUCGGGAUCAUUCUCUGGUUCACUGGGACAACAGGAAUUGAUUUUAACUGAGAAAAUUACAGUCAGCGAUCCCGUUCCUGCACUUCGUUUAACUUACUGUCAAUCGAAUUCUUCGACUUCCGACACGGAGGAGGAAGAUGAUACUCAUUGCAAUCGUGGCAAGGAACACUCGAACGCUCUCAAUGUUGACAGCGAUGUCGAGAAAAAUAGUCUUGGAAAUAUUUCAUUUUCCGAGCAAGCUUGGGAUAAUUAUCAGGAGAAAUAUAUGAGCGAGCCUUACAGCGAGACACCGGACCUCGAUGCGGCUCGUCGUCUCUUGGACUUUGGAGACGAUUAUAGAAACUUUCUUGAUAGUCAAUCAGAUUGCGCGUCUAGUAUGAGCGCGAUUCGCGACUAUUCCUCGCCAAUUCCGAGAAGGCGUAUCAAAACUGCCGUGACUGAAGACAGCGACAGUGACGUUGAGGACUUGUGCAAAUUGUUUAAAAAGUCACAUUGUCAACUGAUUCACGCUGAAAAUUGUGUCAUGAAAAAGGGACAUCUCGUAGGACAUGAAUGCGGAGAGAUAGUAUGUAUGUGCAGAGAGAAUAUAAAAUGUCUUCAUACAAUUUUGGAAUCUAGUGGAAUUUCCCAUCGUGACGACAAACACGGCAAGCAAAUUCGUGGUUUGCUAGAGAGAUGGGAAUCUUUGUCAUCCAGACUUGAAGAAGUCCAAAAAGCGAAUGCAAUUCAUCGGGAUAUGGCAGCAAUGCACUUGGAAUUCCGUGCGGCUCACGACAGAAUCAUGGCCUACGAAGUUGGUUUAGAAAAAGCCCACAUCCUCGACGAACGUAUUAAUCAAAUAACGAGCGAACUUGCCACGCUGAAGGAACGUAAGAUUGCUAUGUUGGCGUUGAAUGUUUCGACGCACCGACUUCUUACUGAUCUUGGUCCAUCGGCUGCGCCAGCUUUUGCCGCACUCAAGGAUGGCGUUGCUGAUCUCUAUCGCAUUUGGGAUGAAACCGUUCAAAAGGGUAAUCAACAAUUAUGUGCCUUGCAAGCAAUUCAACAAUUCGUUGCGCGUUUGACUGAAUUACAAUGUGCUUUGCGAAGAGAUAAGGACGCCCUUGGAGUUUUAGAUGCAGCCCUUCAAGCAGGUGCCACCAACGAAGUAGCGUCUUCUGUUCGCGAUGUUGCUCGUCUCCUUUCCGAGAAGCAGGAUAACAAUUGCCAAAAUGGAAAGCUAAUGAAUGAGACAUUGAAGGAGGAGGACACAAGCGAGAAUGGAUCAAAGUUUGAUGACACGACAGUGAUUUGCUUAACGCAAGAGGGUGGCUCAUUGUCGGACAGUGGAAUAUCUGAUAGUGGCAGUGAACAAGAAUUGAGUGAACGUGAACGUCGUUUGGCAGCACUUCGACGUUUGACACGUUCAUUGGAAAGUCAAUUGGCACCGGGAAGUGAGGCAUUGGCGGAACUUUGGAAGAGAGUUGAGGACGCGGAAGCGGAAUUACGAACACUUCAGAAACAAUGUCGCGAACUCAUUGUUCGAACUGCUGCCAGCGUUGAAUCUCGUUCAACAAAUCGAGCAUCUAGCCCCGUUAAUUUUCCAAUUUCAAUAAAGCGAAAGAAAGUGACGAGUCCUAUGGACUCAGAGGCUGAAUGGAAUCCAAAACAAAAGAAAAAGGGUUGUGUCACUAAUUCUGGCGAUCCAGAAAGCGAACCAAGUGAACCAAACAGUUGGAUUUGGCGUAUUUUAAAAGCAGCCUUACCAUUUCAACUUGCGCUCGUCGCUUUAUUUUGUGCAGCAUGCCUUUUGGAGCCACAUUGCUGUGAAGCGGCCAACAGUCUCAAUUUAUCAUUGACGCCACAAUUGCGUUAUGUUCGAGGACCGCCUCCAGUGUGAACACUGCAAAAGAAAAAAAAAAAAAAAACAAAAUCUGAAAAUAAGUCAAUUGACUUUUUUUCUAUUCUAAUAUGAUGAUCAAAAGACUGAGAGAUCCACGAAUUUUUCGUGACAUUCAUCACGUUUAUCCAAAAGCUUUAAAAACAAACAAAAUUUUGAUAUUCAAAUCGAUUAUUGAAAUAAUUUCGAAUUAUGUGUAUAUUAUUAAUAACAAUAAUAUACCAUUUUUCUUAAACGUGAUGUACAUUUCUGUCACCAUAUUCAUCGGUGGACAAAAAAAAAAAAAAAAAAAAGGAUUGAUUCCGAAAAUAUUUGAAAGUGCCUUUGGCCAAAAAACGGAAUUACAACCGCAGGGUCAAAUUUCUUCGAUUUUUGUUAAAAUCGAGAUCUUAUGCAACUUUAUAAUUUUUAUUUUUAACGAAAUAAAAAAAAGAAGUAAAGAAAGGUACGUAUAUACAAUAUAUAGUAGAUUAGAACAUUUUUUCGAAGAGUUUUUAAAUGCGUUUUUAAUCGUGUAUACGCGUUAAAGUAUAUAGUGGAUUAUCUAACGCUUAAAAAGGUAGAUAGAAAUUAGAAGAGGAUAAUUGGUAACGAUAUUGGCACCAUUGUGCGAUGCAAAAAUAUUUUUUUUAUACCAGAAAUUUGCAUUGCAAUUAUUUUUUUUUUUGCUCAGAAUUAGAAAAAUUCGAUAUUUCUGAAUUUUUCAUCUCAUCAAGUGCCUCAAUAUUAAAAUGAAAGUAAAAAGAAAAAUCAAAUUUGAUUAAAUCUUAUCUGUCAUUUAAAAAAUUGAAAAAUUUGAAUUAAAAUUUGAUUUAAUAAAAAUUAAAUUAAACUUUAAAUAAAUUUCAAUUUGAAGUAAAUAUUUUACCAAGAUAAAAAUUCCACAUUUUUUAAUAUAAAUGAAAUUUCUAUGUAGAAAACAAAAAUUUAUAAUAUUUUUUUAUAAAAGAAAAACAUUUUAAAAUUCCAUUUUUUUAGCAGAAAUUUUUUAUACGAAUUGAUACGAAAAAAUGAAAAAAAAAAGAUGCCCUCUAUGAGUAACACAAUAAAAGUGCCAAUAUUGGUGUCGUUUUUUAUAACAAAAAAAAAAAAAAAGGAAAAAACCGAAAAAAAAGAGUGAAACAUAGUUUUGAUUGUAAAUAUGUAUAAUAAUGAUCGAUAAUCAAAGAACAGAUAAUAAUUUGAUAAUAUAAGCUCUACCUGCGAAGAUAUACUAUUUUUUCAGCGUUUGCAUGCAAUUUUUUUGAUAGAUUACACUUCUCAUUAUAAUAAUUUAUAAUCUAGAAUCUAUAUUUGUAUCAGUAACCACGUGUGUCACACGCUUUCUCCGCUUUUCUGCUUCCCAGAUUUUAAGAUUACGUCUUCUCGUCCAAGAAAUUUAAAUUUUUUUUUCUUUGAAGGAAUUUUCUUUUUUUUUUAUCUUUCUCAAAAGAAAUAAUCGUUUAUCGUAUUCAUUAAAAAUAAUUUAUUGCUUCCUCGUGGAGGAAGCUAUGUAGUCCUUUCGUUUAUAAACUUUUUAAAAAUGGUGAAAACAAAUUUUCCUCUAUAUAGAAACAUGUUAUAUGAGAUCCUGAUCAAUUGUCCGGAUGUAUGUAUGUGUGUGUGUAUGUGUGUGUGUGUGUGUGUGUGUGUGUAUGUGUGUGUGGAUCGUUUUUGUGAACACGAUAUCUUUAACAGGUUUUAAUGGAUUUGGAUAAAAUUUGGUAGGCUUAUUUAACACAUUAAUCUCUCAAAAAUGACGAGAGGAUUUUUAAAAAUACCCCAAAAAAAAAAUUUUAUCGUCUUUUUUCCAAAAAAUUUUUUUUAAUUGAAAAAAUUUUUAAAUCGAAAAAUUUAAGGUAAUAUAUAAUAUAAUCGUCUUCUUCAUGUCAAGAUGAAUCGAUUGAUAUAUAUAAAGUAUAGAUUUGAUUGAAAUUUAAAGAAUUAAAGAAAGUUAAAAAAUCAAAAAUUCUCAUUUUAGCUAAAAAAUGAUGUAUUUAUUUAAAUUCAUGUUUAUAUAUGAAAUAAUUUUAUUCCCUGCAUUGAAACGAAUCGAUUCGUAUAUAUAAAGUUUAUGUUACACUCAAAAUUAAUUAAAAUUUUCUUUAUUUUUCAAAAAAUUUAAUUAAUUUUAAACAUUUUUAAUUCGAAAGUUUUUAAAUCAAUCAAUUGAAUUGGACAAAUUCAUUGCUUCCUUCACGAGGAAGCGAAUUUUUUGCUUCACACAAUGAGGAAGCAUAAUGUUUAUGAAAUAAACAUAAAGGACCCCCUACUUGUUUUAAAAUUAUUCUAAUAAACAAUUUAAUUAUUCAGUAAUUAAUUAAUAUUCAUUAGUAUUAAUUAUUAUUAAUUAAUAUUUGUUAAUACUAAUUAAUAUUAAUUAAUAUUUGUUAAUACUAAUUAAUAUUAAUUAAUAAUUGUUACUAAUUAAUAAUUUUAAUUUAAAAAUUUUGAUAAAUAUAAAAUCGUAUUAUUCAAGAAAAUAUUUUUCAUGUGAGAAAGGUGAGAAUUUUAUUUGAAUUAAAAAUUAUUUUUUCAAUCAAGAAUUCCAUUUGUAUUUCCGAAAUAUCAAUUUUUUAUAAAAUAGAAAAAUAUUUUUUAUCACAAAAGGGUUAUUUUGAUAUAUAGAAACAUGAAAAGAUAGUGAAGCUAGUUUUUAUCAAGAGUCGCGCAGGUAGAAAAAAAGAAACAAUUAAAAAUGAAGAAUAUUUUUUAAAUAAAAAACGUCCAGAGAUAGAGAGAAUAUUGACAAGGACAAAUCACAACGAAAUGUGUUCAAAAAAAAAAAAAAAAAAAAAAGAA